AUGCACGCGCCACCGGGUCCUGCACCUGUGCCUGGAGCACCCCUGACCCAGCGACCUGAUGCUCGCGCUGGUGACCCGUGGCCGCUAUUGGUACUGCAGUCGCCGCAGAUUUAUCACAUCCCCGCUUCGGUUAUUCAUCCCCAGGCGCUGCCUCUUUCGACUUUGUGGUAUGCUGCGCCAUCCUCGUCGACCCCGCGUGCCAAGAGGCCGCGCCGCCACGCCAGAACUACGGCCAGCACUUCUGCUCUUCCGCGCGGGCCCCCUACAUCCUCUAACGCAGUUCGGGUCAUUGACCUCACGUCUCCACCAGCUUCCUUAGUGCAGAUGUUGCAGCCUCUCGAAGGCACUAGACUGCAUGCCACUUCUUCGGCAUCCACACCGGGGACAUCUAGGUCUAAGAGCAGGGCCAGGCUGCCGCCGCUCUUACCACGUCCGAGCCCUCCCCAGACGCUCCAGUCUGACGUUCAGUCGGCCCACAAGCCCAGUGGUCCUCCCGCGGUUGCUGUGAAGCCGCGUGUUCGCCGCGAAAUGCCAACUAAGAGUACCAGGGAGACCGCUCAUGUGACCGGUUUUUUGUCGACGGCAGUGGGGGAACGAGAGCCGCCUGCGUCGGCCCACCUGCAGCCCUUGCUGCGUCUCCCUAGACGUUCUCAUGCAGAAUACGAACGACAGCAUCCUGUUGGCGAACACGCAGGUAUCCCAGAAUCAGCGAGUGUUCCAUCCGCCUCGAGCUUUUCCGAGCCCCGCUCUAGUAGGCAUGAGACAUCAGACGAGGCCGUCAGUUCCAUAGGCAUGCCGCUGUCGAUGCCAGGCGAGAAUCGUGUUCCGGUUCUGGUGCAGAGCGGACGACCCACUGCGGCUCGCCCUCGCCGUUCGCAGGCAGCAGACAAAGUGUCUCAGGCCAGGAGGGAGCCGUCAAGGGUGCAUGAGCAGCGAGGAAUUUCCUCUGAUCUGCCGCACGGGGGCGGUCGUGUGAGCUCUACACUUCAUGGAACUGGAAUGGCACCAAUUCGAGCCGUCUCACUUCCAUCGGCGCGUGGCAUAAGCUCCCUCGUGUCAUCGCCGUUGUCCCCGUGGUCUAGUGCGGUAGCUUCGAGCGUGGCGGAAGUGAGCAAUGAGUUUCCAGUCCUGCACCAACCGUCAAACGUCGCUUUACCUAUGCCGCGGCCGUCCUUGCCCCAGGCCGGCACGGACGGGACAAGACGCGAAGUGGCACACGUCAUCGUUGCGCCAUCGAGACCGCGGGACACGGUUACAUCAGGCCCGGGUGCUGCGUGCCAGGAGUGGCCGUCGGCGCCCCGCUCGGAUUUAUCUCGGUGUGGAAGCAGCGGGCGAGAACAGGCCGAUGUCUUGUCGAGUCCUCGUGUUUCUGAGGCAGGGGGUGCACACAAGGAAGGGAAGGGCUCAAGACGCCAACCGAGUGGAAGCCUCUCGUCGUACCCGUCACAGUCACGAGAUUCUCUUGUUUCAUCUCCGCCUCCCCCGGCGGCACUGGUGGGGGUCGUUCUGGAGUGUCUGUUUCGGCGUCAGCUGAUUCGUCGCCCCUUUGGAGCAGAAGCGGGAGCCGACUUGUCGCGACAACCCGUUCAGAGUGUGCCAGGAGCCCGUAAUGAGCCUGUUGCACUGACGGCGCCAGGCAGCAGUCAGACAACAUCUGCGUACGGUUCUGCGGAGGCAGGGCCUCGGGCGCUCUUCGAAAACCGAACCAGUGCUGCUGUCGGCGAGAGUGCAGGACCACAAAAGCACAGCGAGACACACCAUAAAAGCGGAACUAAGGCUUUUCCGCGAGAGGCUUGGGCUGGCGCUUCGGUAGACAUGGCGCAGCAAAGGACAAGAUAUGCGGCAGAUCCGACGCUAAACAAAGAACAUCCCGGGCUUUCGUCUUUGUCGGGCCCCCAUGAGCAAAAGGGGGUUAAGCGGAUCUUGACAGAAGUAUCUCGGCCGCGUGCGAGUGAAGAAGCCGUCGAUUCGAUGGGGUCUGCCGGUUUGCCGCCCACCUGGCGGCACAAGAAGUUUAGGAGGCAGCCGGCUCCUGGCCAGGAGGAGGCGAAAUGCUCCCAGAGGGACAGUGGCGGAUCGGAAGGCCAUGGCAAAAAGGAAGGUGAUGGCGUCUAG